AUGGGCGUUGCCGGCCGCGAGCUGGGGCGCGGGCGGGGGCCGGACGGCCGGGGCAGCGCCGCCGCCUCGUCCUCGCCGCCCGAGCCGGGUAAGGCGGAGAACACGCAAGAGGAACUCCGAGAAUUCCAGGAGGGAAGCCGAGAAUAUGAAGCUGAAUUGGAGACGCAGCUGCAACAAAUUGAAACCAGGAACAGAGACCUCCUGUCGGAAAAUAACCGCCUGCGCACGGAGCUAGAAACCAUCAAGGAGAAGUUCGAAAUGCAGCAUUCCGAAGGCUACCGGCAGAUCUCGGCCUUGGAGGAUGACCUCGCACAGACCAAGGCAAUUAAAGAUCAGCUGCAGAAAUACAUCAGAGAGCUGGAGCAAGCCAAUGAUGACUUGGAAAGAGCCAAGCGAGCCACGAUCAUGUCUCUGGAAGACUUUGAGCAGCGCUUGAAUCAAGCCAUCGAAAGAAAUGCCUUCCUGGAAAGUGAACUUGACGAGAAGGAGAAUCUCCUGGAAUCCGUUCAGAGACUGAAGGAUGAAGCCAGAGAUUUGCGGCAGGAACUGGCCGUGCAACAGAAGCAAGAAAAACCCAGGACUCCCUUGCCCAGUGCAGUGGAAACUGAAAGGACAGACACUGCUGUACAGGCCACUGGCUCCGUGCCAUCCACUCCCAUCGCACAUCGGGGACCCAGCUCCAGUUUAAACACUCCAGGGACCUUCAGGCGUGGCCUCGACGACUCCACUGGGGGGACCCCCCUCACACCCGCAGCCCGGAUAUCAGCCCUCAACAUUGUGGGAGACCUGCUGCGGAAAGUGGGGGCACUGGAGUCCAAGCUCGCAUCCUGCCGGAACUUCGUGUAUGAUCAGUCCCCAAACCGAACAAGUGGCCCAGCCUCAGGGCGGGGGAACAAGAACAGGGAUGGUGGCGACAGAUGGCAGAGCAGCACCAGCGCACCUUUGGGUGAUAAAGGGUUGGGAAAACGCCUGGAAUUUGGGAAGCCGCCUUCACACACAUCCUCACCGUCGCUGCCGUCGGCCCAGGGUGUAGUCAAGAUGUUGCUUUAGGAAAACCACGGAAGCGGAAGCCCCUGGUAUUUGUGCAGGAGUUGUUACCUUUCUUCGUCUCCUUACACUAAGUUUUUGUUCUGUUGUUUUGUUUGAAAUUAGAGAUAGGAGCCAGCAGUCACCGUAGUUUGCUUUGUGCUUCGUGGCCCAAGCCAAUGACUGAGGCCAUCAGCUGUGGCCCCUGGGGUUCGUUUGUCCCUGUGAAAUGUCUCCUCAUUCCUGGCCUCCCUCUUGGUGCGUGCAUUGCUAAGAGGGACAGACUGGGCCCUCUGGGGAGGGCUCUGAAGUGUGGGUGGUGAGGCUACCCCCCUCAUGCUGAGCCAACCCAAGAAGAGUCCUGAUCGGUCUUGGGAGGUGUUUUUAAUGUCCCGUCUCAGAGGCUCCCACCCCCAUCCCCAGUCAGCUGGAAUUGUCUUCCAGAGCAAGACCCCCCAGUGCUUAUGGUGUGCCGAAAUCAUGUCCAGGAGUGGAGAACAGAAUGGUAGGCACAUGCCUUUUUAAAAACUGUGGUAGUGUACCUCUGAGACUUUUUAAUUUGCCUCUCAUUGAGGUUUUUAGAGGUGUGUUUGAGAUUCAGAGCAAUUUUCAGGUCGACCAGGGUCAAUGGGAAACCUAUGUCCUGUUUAGGUAAAUCCUAACCGUUAGCUUUCCUGAGUCCCCUGCCUGGCGUGGAGGUGACCUCUGCUCCUGGACCUUGGAGGUCACUGGGGUAGAGCCACCUUGGUAAUGCAGCCCCCAAGAACAGGACUUCAUUCAAAGCCAUCAUGAAGUCACCAGCUUUACCUUCAAAUAAGAUUGAAACACAAGAUUGUUGUUGGCAGCUUCCUUGUCAAAGAAAGAAGCCAACACCGGAUUUCCAAAGCACAACGGUGUAUCUGCUCGUCACUGCGUGUUAGGAACUGCCGCCUCACGCUUUCAGAUGCAAGUAACAGAGCACGCUAAUUUUGGGAUUGUGCACGCAGCUUCAUGGCCUGCCUUUUGUUACUAAGUUAUUUUCUGAAAGAACAGCAAAAGUUUCCUGUCGUUGAAAAUAGAACAUUUUAAGCGCUCCUGAACCUCGGCAGGGCUGCCAGGGCGGGUUCGUUACUUGAGAAACAUUCUAACCAACCUGUAUCGGUAAAAGAUGUACUUUUAUU